AUGAAGUCCUCUCGCAGGCCUCGAUUUUCCCCUACCACCGCCACCACCGUUGUUUACACCUACCACAACGAAACCUCCGCUUCCAAUCCCGGCGGCGAAGUCACCGGAAUUCCCAUCCGAUCGACGCCUGACGAGCUGCCGCCGGCGGCAGAGACCAUCCCUAUCACUGUUCGCCUCCCCCAACCGAGGGAAACCUAUGCGGCCGUUAAGAUACAGUCAGCCUACAGAUCUCACACGGUUCGCAUGCUCGUUCGGAAGAUCUCCGCUGUCAAUUCUGAAGCCAAUUACUGGCAGAGGCUUAUCCAACGCCAGGAGACAGUGGACUCAGUGCGUACCAGUGAGCGCGAGCGGAUUAAGAUCAACGAGGCGCUAAUGGGCUUAUUAUUCAGGCUCGAUUCAGUUCCUGGGCUUGAUCCCAAUGUGAGGGAACUGAGGAGGCACGUGAGCCGCAAGAUCGUGGGCUUGCAGGAAAUACUUGAUGCAGUUUCAGAUACCAGAGUCGAGCAUUGGGAUGGAUUCUUGAGAGAUUGGGAUGACAUUGUUGCUGGGCUUGAAAAGGAAGCUUGCAAAGAAACAGGAGGUGGGAAGGAAUUGGAGAGGUUUUGUGCGGAGCAUUUGGGUUUCCAGUGUCUGCAGAGGUUUCUUCGGGAUCAAUGA